GUUUGCUGAUCAUUGUUUCGAUUCUCGAUGUAUCUGCCCUUUCCAGGCCAUACGGAAGCGCGCAGUUAUCUCUAACAACUCAAUCCGGCUAAACCAAUCAAGUUUAUCUCAUGUGCCUUUGAAGAACCCUUAGCCAGUUUGGAAUUAUCACGAUUAGUAAAUCUGGCAUACGUCGUGUUAAUUUCGGAUUUAUUAAAAGACAAACGAAGCACGGAGCCCGGAACAACUUUUGUUUGUGUUUUCCAAGAUGGCGGCUGGAAUGUAUCUGGAGCACUAUCUGGACAGUAUAGAGAACCUUCCCUUUGAGCUUCAAAGGAAUUUUCAGCUCAUGCGAGACUUGGACCAGCGGACUGAGGAUCUGAAGGGACAGAUUGAUUCCCUAGCUCGUGACUACACAGCAAAUGCCCGGACCCUGUCCUCAGAGCAGAAACUGUCUCUCCUGAGGCAGAUCCAGCAGUCCUAUGGAAAGUGCAAAGAGUUUGGAGACGACAAGGUCCAGCUGGCCAUGCAGACGUACGAGAUGGUGGAUAAGCACAUCCGGAGGCUGGACACAGACUUGGCCCGUUUUGAGGCGGACCUCAAAGAAAAGCAGAUAGAAAGCACAGACUACGAUUCUACCUCCAGUAAGGGAAACAAGAGUGACCUUCGGGGGCCUAAGGAGAAAAAGGUGUCUCGCACCAGGUCAAAGGUCAAGAACUCGGAUGAUGACUGCAGUCCUAAGAGUGGCCAGAAGAAAGUCAAGCUAACGCAAACAACUGAGUUCUCUUCUCCGGCUGUGAAUUUCGGCAAUGUUCACCCCUCAGAUGUGCUGGACAUGCCAGUGGACCCGAAUGAGCCAACGUACUGUCUGUGCCACCAGGUCUCCUAUGGAGAGAUGAUUGGCUGUGACAACACUGAUUGCUCCAUUGAGUGGUUUCACUUUGCCUGUGUGGGCCUGACCACCAAGCCCAGGGGAAAAUGGUACUGCCCAAGAUGUUCACAGGAGCGUAAGAAAAAGUGAACAUUCUUUGAAGAAAAAAAAAUGAGAGAGAUAUGGAAUAUGGCAGAGAAUGAGGUAGAAAGAAAAGGAAAUGAGGUGCAAAGCGCCUCCCCCCAAACUCUCUAUAGACACUAAUAUAGAUUCAUGCUCUGCUUAAUCUGGUGCUUGUCCUCCUCCCUUCUAUCCUCACUUUCUUCUCUCUGUACAACAGAAAGUAGGGAUGACGGAUGGACGAAGGAGCUGUAGUUAUGACUGUAGCUUAAUUUAUGGUUCCAGUAAUGACCGUUACUUGUAUUUUUGUUACUUUGCUUUUUAUAUACAUGUUUACUUUGGUUUUGAAUGGUUGUUAUAUUGUUUGGUUGCUUUUUUAAAAUAUUCUUUUCUUUGUAUAGUUACACAAACACAGCAGUAGAUAAAUCAGGGAGCAUGACACUCAGUCCUUAAGUAUGGUAUCUACUAGGCGUCCUUACUUGCUGUUCUUUACCAAACGGUUUCAAGUCAAACACUGGCACAAAGUGAUCCUAUACAAACGUAGUUCAUCUUAGAGACUGUUUUUAAAACUCUGACAUUCUCAUUUCAUUUUUCAUUCCUUUGGGAUCGUUUUCUCAGUACUGGAUAUGUGCGUCCACUUUAGCUACCUUUCCCCACUUGGGUACCUUGGAAAAAGUAUUUGGGGAUAAGCUGAGCUUCACAGCGAGUUUGAUACUUGCACACAAUGCACAUAAACCAGUGACUUUCACUUGUAGGUUGCUAACCCACAUUUCAGGUUUAUUCCACAACUAGCUGCUGUGAAGGAAAUUUCCUCUGGUGCUCAUAAUGGUUCACUAUUCAAUGAACUGAACUUUCCAGAAUCUAAUGGAUAGCAUUAACACAAAACAGUGACGAAGUGCUGGAUAGAAUGGUUUUACAUUGUGAUGUUGCAUUCAUGUAACAAUGCUUAUAAGUUCCUUUGUGUAUUAAUCCCGCUGUAUUACAAUACAAGCUGCGAACAAAAACGGUUGUAUUUGACCUCUAAUAUCGACUUUUAUAUUCUGUUUGACUGGAUUUUGGUGCUCUUGCGGAUAUUAAAUAAUAGGUGAUUGCUUAAAGGGCAUGAAAGUAAAUAUUACACUCAUGUUAAUCUCUCCAUCACAUGGCUGGUGCCAGAGGUUAAGGUGCUGUUGUCCAUAGAUCACAACUUCUAUUUAAAACUUGGCUUCAAUAUUUAAUACAUAUUUUGCUAACACUUUAUUUGAAGGGUACCUACAUAGGGUCUUUAACACAUCCAUAAGCUAUGCAUAAAUAUUUUAUAAAGCAGUGCUGGGUGGGGAGCUUAUGAAAGGCUUAUGUCAAAACUCGUGAGCUUACAGAGGUUUCGUGUGACUCUGUCUUUACAUAUAAGAGAGAAGAGAGACUAACAUUUCCUCAUCUUUAAUUAUUAUGUGUAGACACAACACUUGUUGCUGUAAUUUUUUUUAUCCUAAUAUUGCAGAUUAUUCAUUUGUUUUUACUAAUGGAACAUUGAAAAAGGUGUAGAUGUUCUACAGAGCAGUGUUAUUAAUACAAACUUAAUACCACUUUAGUUUUAGAGCAUUAAAAUCAUUCAUUUUUUGACAAGGUUGUCAUAAAAAUGUAAAGUUGUGUUGGAAUGAUUCUUUAUAAUAGUUUUCAAAACAAAUUGAACCACACAUGAAACACUUCACUUGAACAGCAUUCGAUUCCAUGCUCCUGUAAGAAGUAGAUACAGUACAUACUCCUAACAAAAGGACAGAUGAAAGGUGGACACUAAAUAAGACAACAGAAUAAUUUCCAAGAUAAAAAGUACAGAUUUCACAGUCAACCCAUAAUGACAACUGAGGCCUCUUUUCUCUUUCAUGUAAAGACAAAGCAAUAUGUUUCACAAAAACUUUUUAUCUUACAGGUUUUGACCUAAAUCCUCUAGUAUUGCUUUGUAAAAGAUUUAUCCCAUCCUAAAAUAAAGUGUUACCCAUAGUUUGUAGUAUAUCUUUAAUUAAGUGUGCUUAUUUAGGCUGAUUUACUAUCACAAAGCAUUGUGUGUGUGUUAUUAGAAUAUGAUAUCAGCCUUAAGGUGGAAUUUGCAUGAAGUGUUAGUGAAGGUACUUUGAUUGUAAUUUGAUUGUUACAGAAGUUUAUACUAAUGUCAGAUACUCUGUUUAGUGUCUUCCAUGUUGACUGAACAACGCCUGAUGUCUGGAAUGGA